AUGAGCAAGACAUUAUCAUUUCGUGCAACACUUGAAGGACAUUCUAAUUGGGUAACAGCAAUCGCAACCACUGCAGAAAAAUCUAACAAGCUUCUAUCAGCUUCUCGUGGUAUGUUUGUUUGA